GAAAAACGCAUUGCAGGCACUUGUCGGCGGAAGGUGCGAUCGGGCGGCUCCCCGGCACUGGGCGGAGCCUGGGGAGCUCUGAGGGCACCGCGCGCAAAAACCCCAGUGCCCUCGACAGCGCCCAGGCUCCCCCCAGUGCCGGGGAGCGAGUCAAUCAGGGCGCCCCCGGCCUCAGGUGCCGGAGGAUUGGAAAGCGUAGCAGAACGCGGCGCCCCCUGCGCCGAGGCACCUGUGCGCUGCGACGCUCAACGUGCCGGGGAGGUCCUGUUGAAGGCCGGGUUCUGCGCUGGGCGAUGCGGCCGUCUGCGGCGCUUGCGCUGGCCUGCGCGCAUGGUCGUGGGGAGCGCCCUGGCUGCGCUCGGCCCGGCCCUCUGCCCCCCCACGGCAAUUGCAGCGGCUUCUUGCAAUUUCGUUGUUGCUGGGGGCCCAGAGCAUAUUAAAUGCCCCCAUUGCCUGCGGGCGCAUCACGUGCUGGGUGGGUUGUGCGUGGUGUGGUGGCGGCGGGCGCUGCCUAGGCGGGUGCGUAUGCAGCAGCCGCUUUGCUGCUGGAAGGCAAAUAUGCCGCUUGCGGGCGAAGCAGGUAGGAGAAUAGGGGCGCCCGCAGCCCCCUGCGCCCUCCGCGGGAGGACCGGUGCCUCACGCGACGCACUGCGGAAGUGCAUGGGCGUGGCGCACGGUGAAAGUCCCGCCCGGGCCAGUUCGGCCGCGCCCGGGGCCAGCGCCCUAUCGAACCAAUUUGUGUUUAUCGGGAAGAGGAGGGUGGGGAACUCGCGUCGAGGUUUUCUCGGCGAGAGGCGCGGCGUCUGCACUGCUUCUCCAUCCUUGUCUCGGAGCGAACACCAGACAUCGAUGCCGGCGGAUUUUACAAGGAGGGUUUCAAGGUGGGGAGAGGCGCCGUGGUUUGGAAGCGGCGUGGGUGAGGAGGCGCUGGGGCACGUUUUAUUCUGCUGUGCGUCCCUUGCGGCCCGGCGAGCGAAAUUUGGCUUUGAGGGGGUUUGA